AUGGCAGAUCUGGAAAACGACGAGUCUGUUUGGGUAUCGCAAGAUUCUGUCGACUUGGCGUAUGCAGUAAAUCACUGGACUGAUCAUGUCAAACUGUUGAAGAACAUCCCGCAAGACCUAGUGGAAUUGAUCCACGCGACCUUUUGCUCUGAACCAACAGCCCCAGAGAAGUGGUGGAUCAUGUUCACGACCUGGAAUUACGGCAUCUCCCAGUAUCAUGAUGUUCGCAAACAUCGUACAAUACUCCUCCACGUAUAUGACCUCUUUGGUCUCGACAAGCUCGUCGAGGCCUCCUGCUCGUACUGGUUGUUGGUAAAGUACAUGUCAUCCCAAGACGCCCAGAUGCUAGCACCGCUCGAUGUCGCGAUCUUGCAUAACCAUAUCCAGACGGCCAAGUUCCUUACUACAAAGUACAAGUCCUUUGGAAGCCGCUCAUGCAUCUUCGCGGCUGGUUCCAGUGUGGGCAUAGCAGAUCCGAUUCAGUGGAAACAAUGCCCCACCGAUAUACAUCUCAGGAAAGGAGACAUCAAGGCGUUGUUGUGGAACGCAGUCUGCACCAGAAUACCAGAAAUGUUCAACGGCACCAUCGACUUCGUGUUCGGGAAAUCGCCCAAUGACCUUUUUCCAUGGAACGAUACAUCAUACGCUAAAGUCAUCAUAGAUUCCGGUGACCACCGUCACUGA